AUGACACCGCCGACUGGGGCAAAGCAGGCGGGAGGCGCGCCUCUGCCUGACUGCCCCGCUACCCCCCUACUCACCCUAUCACGACGGCUCCUCCUCUCCCCCCGCACUUCCCGUGCAUGCAACUCCCAGGGCAUGACUGGUGGCGCACUCAGCAGGCGGGAGGCGCGCGUCUGCCUGACUGCCGCGCUCCCCCCCUUCUCUUCCGUUCACCCCAAUCCCGCUUCCCCCCAUCUUCCCCCGCAUGCGCCUCCCAGGUGUGGUCUGGUGGCGCACUCAGCAGGCGGGAGGCGCGCCUUUGCCUGUCUGCCGCACUCCCCCCCUUCUCUUCCUAUCACCCCAAUCCCGCUUCCCCCCAUCUUCCCCCGCAUGCGCCUCUCAGGGCAGGUCUGGUGCCGCACUCAGCAGGUGGGAGGCGCGCCUCUGCCUGACUGCCCCGCUAGAUCCCCCUUCUCAUCCUAUCACCCCAACCCCGCUUCCCCCGCCUAUCCCCCGCAUGCGGCCCCCACGUGUGGUCUGGUGGCGCACUCAGCAGGUGGGAGGUCCCCCUCCCCGUGCACCCUCCCCCCUCUCUCCCCAGCUCACCCUCCCUUUCGAGGUGGCUCCCAUAUGACGCUCGUGGCACACUCUGCAGACGGGUACGUGGAAUGCCUCUUCUAG